AUGCACUACACCCCCGCCCAACUCAUCGCCCUCGUCGCCCUCGCCAUCCCAGCCACGGCCCUCCCGCUCGGACCAUCCGCGAGCCUCCUGCUGCCGGGGGCUCGGGGCUCGGCGUUUGAAAUCUUCAAGCGCGAGCCGGCCGAGGACUCCAAGCCGCACCAGUCGCCCAAGUCCGAAUCUGAUGACGCCGAGGAACCCGAAAUUUUCAAGCGCGAGCCUGCCGAGCAGAAAUACCCGCUACCCAUUUAG